AUGCCUUGCCGCGCAGCCCCACCACCACCCCCUCCUCCACACUCGACACAGGAUCUGACCCCUUCGCCGGCGGCUCUCUCAAAUCCCCUCGUUUACCGUCUCCGGACCUGUUGUUUACAAGAGUUCCUUCCACGAGUCGCCCUCGUCCAAAAGUCGACUCCUUCAACACCAACACCUCGACCACAACACGUCCACCAGGAGCAACACGAGGAACCAUACGCGUCCCCCCAACAGCAGCAGGAUUCUUCAAUUGAAGAGGAUCGAGACCUGCCGGACUCCCUCGCGAACUGGCAACCACCCGCCUCCAAUAUCCAGCUCACGCAGCUCCAGAGUGCUCUCGCACAUCAGUUCCUUGACUGGGCCCUCUCUGAGAACGUCCUUUCUCUGCCAUCCUCAAGAGAGUCGGAGACAGCGGAGACAAACAACACAUCAACCACCGCCACUGCCGGAGCAACAACAACAACAACAACAACAACAACAGUGACAUCGGAUGAUGCAGAAAGAGAGCAGCAAGAGCGAUCGAUUGUAUCGGCGGGUCAGGAUUGGGCUGCAGCCCACGAUUUGGUCUGGCCAGAGGGCGACUAUUACAUGGCCAAGAAGACAUUUAUCCGCGAGGGAGUCGCCCACUUGAAACGUGGGCGAAGAUACAUCUUUGUGGAACCAGUCUUGGGCCCUGCAACGUCGUACCUGUACCCGAAAUGGGUCGAUUCCGAGGAGGACGAAGGGGUCGAAUCUGCUGUCGAACAGCAGCAACAGCAACAACAACAACAAGAGGGUCACGGCGCGGAGGACCCUGUGCAUGAUGCAACCACGGUCGUGAAUAUUUCUUCGAGUUCCUCCACCGACCAAUCAUCGUCGUCCGACAGUGGGAAUGACGCUUCUGUACAGCCUUCCAUGGCGUCUUCUCUGCCCAUGACUUCCGCACCCGCCACUACAAGCGAGGAUGAGCAAUAUAAGGAUCAGGAUGAUAACAAUGUCUUAAGCGAGCAACAACAAAAGGAGUUGGCCAUCCUGGACGACGAGGAGGAAGGAGGACGCGGGAACGAUAAGGACGAGUGGGAGGAAGAAGUGGACAAGAAGGAGCACGAGGGGGCAGCCCAGGAGAGUCAGCAUCAUGAAGAGGCCGGCGAUGAUAUCUCCUCUUUCUCUGCGACGACGGAAGAAAACCGUGCGCAGGACGACCUUAUUGCCCCCUUAUCUCCUCCUUCCUCUGCUACCACCACGACUUCUCUUGGCGGUAUGGACGGAGAGAGAAUCGAAAAGGAGGAAACCGACGAUUCUUCUGCUGUUGCUACCAGUCCCCCUUCCUCUACUGCCUCUGCUGCCUCUGCCACAAACAACUCCUCCACUGCCUCUUCGCCAACUUCCUCACCUCCAUCGUCGUCAUCCUCGACUCGCUCUUCUUUUGAAGAAACUCCGUCAUCUCCUCUCCAACAGCAUCAAUCAACUGAACUCCUGGAACCAUAUUCGCCUCUCCUCGACCCUUCGACAGACGGACAGGAUCAAUUCGAAUACGGUCUGUACGAGCUCCAGUUUAUCCCCAAGAUCCAGUACCUGUUGCCGUCGCAGUUCUUGCCGAGCCGUCAGUCGUUCAUUGUCCAUCUCGACGAGGACCGUCCCACCUUGGCCUCGCCUGUCCCCGCCCACUCGAAGCGCAGCGAGUGUCGUUGCCAGUUGAUGAUGCGCAAGGUCCUGAUGCACCGCGAUCUCCUCCAAGUCUGGCCUCCUAUUCCUCCAGUCCGGACCCUUCAAGAGCGUCAACAGGAGGAAGAGGAGGAGGCGCGUAUGAUGGAGAUCAAGCAGAAGGUGCAGCUUCAGACCAGUAACUGGCGAAAGACCCUCCAGACCCAAAUGGUUGCCUGUCGCUAG